CUUCGGCCAUAGCAGCAAUCGGCCUACUCAAACUCUCUGGACUAAUGCCUUAGGCUUCUUUGGAAACAGAGUUUCAUUCGAGGAAUCUUCCAUGCGCAGAACAGAGCAUUUGAGAGGCAGCUGGAACAGAAAAGGCAUGUCUGGUAUGUGAGACAGAGGAGCUUAAAUACAAACAUCUUCUUUUCUUUAGGAAUUGUUUAGAGCAAAAUUCAGCAGUGGUAUCUAGCGUGCUGGAGCUAGACUUCAGAGUUGUUCUGGAGUGCUGCUGGUAAACGGUUCCGCACAAAUAGGGUGGGAGACUCAGAACUGAUUAAGACUGGACUCUGAAGUCAAAGAAAGGAAACGAAACGAAACUGAGAGAGCUGGGGAUAUUCACCCAGCACUCCUUCUAGCAACAGCAGCCUGUGCAAAACCAAAAAAAAGGAAUGUACUAACUGGUGUGAACUAGACAGGCACUGAAAUAAAGGAAAGAAGCAUCAAUUCCAUAACACAGCCAGGAGCUUAUGUGCAUCUUGUAAUUCAUCUCUUUGGGAAGGAGCUUCUGCCCCUCUUUGUGAGAUGAUGGACAACAGCCCUGUGAAUGAAAAGGAAACUGCUGCAGAUGCUGAGAACAGGUCCAGUUCUGAUAUACCUGCUCAUAUGUCCUGUGAAGAAUAUGAGGGACUCCCUCCAUAUCUAAAAGAGGGAAAUGUCCUCUUUGCUUCUGAGCAAGAUGUUAAAGAAGCCUUCCUACAGUACGCAGCCAGUAAGCGUUGCUAUAGCACUGCCCCUGCAAAGCAAAUGAAAGUCCAGAAUCUCACUCCUCUCAACAUAUACAGAUAUCGUCUGGAGACUUUCACUGAAAUGAGAGACACACAUGUGGCCAGUGAGCUUUAUGAUGGUGGAUUUGUAGACUCCUUUGUUGUUGGAACACCACCUCCCCCAUGGGAUAUAACAGUGGACGAACCUCCUUUGUUUACGGACUGUGAAAUGCAUAUUCCAGUGCCCCAUUCGUACUCAGUAGAGAACUGUCCAAACUGCAAAGGACGUGGUGAAACUAUGUGUCAGCCCUGUAAAGGAACUGGCAAGAAAAAGUGUUCGGCUUGUGGUGGGACUGGGCAGAGUUCACAGGAGGAUAGCAAUAUCUGCUCGUGGUGCGCAGGUUCAGGAAAGAAUCGUUGCUUCAAUUGCCGUGGCAAUGGCUGGCUGAAGUGUUACCGUUGCAAUGGGAGUGGUAUCUUGCUAUUUCAUACUGAACUUACGAUAACUUGGAAGAACAAUGUUUUAGAACAUGUAGCAGACAAGAAUUCUGGCCUCCCAAUUCACCAUUUGCAAGAAGUGACUGGGAAGGAAAUUGUUAGUGAUGAAGGUUCCUUGGUAUUUCCCAUAGUUGAUUUCCCAGAGCCAUCAAUUGAGGACUAUUCCCGAGCAUUAAUUGCGCAACACAGUAUGCAGUUUACCUCAGAAGGAUUGCACAGAGUCCUGAGGCAGAAACAAACAGUUGAGUUGGUGCCACUCACAAAGGUUGACUAUGAAUGGAAAGAGAGAGUCUAUUCCUUCUACAUCUUUGGCAAUGAGAAUAAAGUAUAUACCAAAGACUAUCCAGCAAAGUGCUGCUGCUCCAUCCUGUGACACGAGGACAGUUUUGGCGGCAUUCAGUAACACAGCUGCUCCCUGUUAUUUGUUCUUCGCGGCAACUUGCAGAUUUUUUUAUUUUCUGUUUGCUGAAGGACAUUUUCUGUAUGAUAUUUAGGGAUUCAGCCAUAGUUCAGCACGUUCGAAGUUGUUUGUUGGUGCUAUUCCUGUACACCGGACAUUUGUCUCUAAUACAUGGCUGCAUUGGCUGUGCUUUUCAAUUAGGGAGAUGAAGGAAACUAUUUGCUCUAAUGCACCUUGAGACAUUAUACCAAAGAGGAUUCAAUGCAUUUGCUUUCUUGUAGUUGUGCAUUAGGAUGCCUCAAGCUAAGCAUCCUGUAAACUUCUUGUGGAAGUAUAAGCAGUUCAGAAUGAAAUAUAUUCCAACACUGGGCAUCAUAUUGUAUGAAUCUAUGCAGUGAUUUGCGUUCCUCCUCUUAACUAAGAAGGUAAGGUAAUGGACAGAUUUUUCACGUGUCUCCUAUACUAGAACAAAUCCCCUCUCCCUGCCAUUUCAGCAUCUGAUUGUACAAGUGCCACAUUUAGCAAGGUCUACAGCAAGGUCAGAGCAGCUGUGGCCCACCAGGCAUUUGUUGUUGUUGUUGUUCAGCUUGCUUGGGAGUGAUCCAGAAGCUCCUCAAGGACCACAGAUUCUCCGUUCCUGAUCUGAAGGAUCAUAGCUGUAGCCGCCAUAUAGCAUGCUCUGAUGUUAUUGUAAACAUAGAAUUCAACGAGAAAAUGUUUUGGAAACUGAGUCUUAGCUGUGAUCAAAUGCCCCAAUACCUGGUGCUCAACAACAUCUGUGUUUAAGUACCAGUAUUAAGGCAACUAACAUCUAUUAUGUAAUUCUACCUGAAGAAAUAUCAGGAUCACCCCAGAGAAGAAUUAGUGUAAGUCUGCAAGAUGAGUUAAUUAUAUCAUUGUGAUACUUUUUUUUUAAAUUUAAGAACACGUCUUAAGUGGUGGAAUACAUUUACAGUAAGCAGCCCUUUGGAUUUCGUUGCUGUUUUUAAAUUAACUUACAUCAUUGCAUAGAAAAUGAUUAAGUACAAAACUGAUCAGAUUUGCUGGAAUUUUGCUACAGGGGAAUAAUGAGCAAGUCUCCUAAUGGUGGGUUUUCCCUCUGUCCUGCACAAAAUCAUGUGGUAUAGCAGUCAGAAUGCUGGACUUAGUCCAAGGAAACCCACGUUGAAAUUUCCACUGAACCAUGAUGCUCAUUGGUUCACAAUGGGUUAAUUACUAAG